AUGAAGCCAGGCGUGGUAGUCCAUCCUAGAGGGAAGCAAGUCAUGUUCUGCCAUGAAGCCGAGGACUGGUUGCCAGGAUGCCUCUUGGGCUCCAAGCAGCUGGGCGGCAGCAGGGACCACGACAUCCCCGGGGGCAGAAGCUUUAGGCCUCGCCUUCUGAAUCAGCGUACUGUGGUCUGCAAGGAAUCCAUGCAACACCGCCAGCCUGAGCCACCAAAGAAGGAGAAGGAGACGGCCACGACCAUGACCAUGACCCCUUCUCAGUCCAAGAGAGCAGAUGAGUGGAAGGACCCCUGGCGCCGAUCCAAAUCUCCCAAGAAGAAGCACGGGAUGUCCGCUUCGCCCAGCCGUGCUCGCCGGCGCCGGAAAACCUCUGCUUCGUCUGGAUCUGCCUCUGGCUCUUCAAGGUCAUCUUCUCGCUCCUCCUCCUAUUCCGGCUCCGGUUCUUCACGGUCCCGAUCCAGGUCGUCGUCGUACAGCUCCUACUCCAGUCGCUCUUCCAGGCACAGCUCCUUCUCAGGCAGUCAAUCCAGGUCGCGCUCCUUCUCAUCUUCCCCGUCUCCUUCCCCGACGCCGUCUCCACACAAACCUCCUGCCAAAGCGAAAGGGGAGCCUGCACUGCCGGCUGGAAAGAGUGAUAAACCUCUGAAGAAAGCGGCUGCCCCUCCAGUGCCCCCGCCCAUCGUGAAAACCGCACCCCCUGCACCAGAACCAGCCAAGGUGGGGGAUACCCGGGAAGCGAGACGGAAGGAACGUCAAGUGAGGACUCCCCCCAGGAGGCGAGCCAUCAGCCUGAGCGGCAGCGGCAGCAGCUACAGUGGAUCCAGCUCCCGCUCGAGAUCGCUGUCUCGGUCUCUCUCCCACUCUCAUUCCCGGUCCUCGUCGGCAUCCGUCUCCGCGUCCCCCUCUGGCUCCAGGAAGUCCAGUGCCUCUUCCAGUAGCAGCUCCGUGCGCAGCGCGGACUCGGAAGACAUGUACGCAGGCCUGCCCAGCCCAGUGUCUUCGGCCAGCUCCCGAUCCCCCACCCCCGCGCAGCAGAAGAAGGAGAGAGCAGGCAAGUCCAAAAAGGAGGGCAGCAGCAACAUCAAGGAGGAGAAGAGGAAACGGGACGUGCCCCCGCAGCCGCCCAAGCCAGCCAAGCCCGUGCAAGGGAGUAAAUCCCAGCCGCCGCCGCUCCAACCUCAGCAGCCCCCACCACCUCAGCUGCAGCCGGCGGGCUUCAGCGCCCACAAAGAAAUCAAGCUCACACUCUUAAACAAGGCAGCUGACAAAGGAGGCAGCCGGAAGAGGUACGAGCCCUCCGACAAAGACAGGCAGGCCUCUCCCCCAGCAAAGCGGAUCAACCUGUCUCCGGACAGAGGUCCUCGCGACAGGAAGCCCGGGGGAAGGCUGUCCUCACCCAAACAAGACCGCCAGCGGGGCCCCAAUCCCAAGCCCUCCCCUGCUCAGGCCGACAAGAAGCGUCCGCCAUCUCCCCAGUCCAAGAGCUCCAGCAAAGUCACAAGCAUCCCGGGCAAAGGGGCUGAUCCCGCCCCGCCAGCUGCCACUACUGCGAAAUCGGGCAAGUCCAGCACCUUAUCCCGGCGGGAGGAGCUCUUGAAGCAGCUGAAGGCCGUGGAAGACGCCAUUGCCCGUAAGCGGGCCAAGAUCCCCGGGAAGGCGUAGGCCGCCUCGGCCAGCCCCGGAUUAGAGACUGCUGUCUGUGUUUUUAUAAAUAGCGUACAAGCAGCCACUUCGGAUUCUGCAGUUCUGGGUUGGGUUUUUUUUUCUUUCUUUUGGCUGUGCUCCUUUUUAAAAAUUGAAAGGGGGGGGGCGGAGAAAAGAAGAGAAGUUUUAUCAGCUACACACCACACCACCACCAUCUGGAUCUGAACGGCUCCCGCCAUCUCCCUCCCCCACCAGCACUGUGGCAGAGGCGGCCGACCGGCCCUCUCGGAGUUUUUCCAUGGUCAUCAGGCACAGCAGACUCUGAACAGCCACCCUGCCCGGUGCCCCCGCCCUGCCCCGCCCUCCUCUCUGCUAGCUACGAGCCGAGCCGUAUCCCUUAGUUAGCUCUGCUGUCCGUGGGGUGUCUCCAGCAAUGCACUUCUGCGAUCCGUGCGAGGAGAGAGCCGAGAACCACCGUCGCCUUCCGGAAACGUCCCCCCACCCCAGCCCCAAGUUGUCUCUCUGCCUCCCCGCCCACCUCAUCCCCACCAGGAACUAAAUCGAUUUACAUAGAUAUCCUUGCAAUGGACGUCUGGUUGGAAGAUCCCCCCCUGUGUCUUUUAUUUUAAGCAAAAGAUUGUUUUAGUUGAUUAAAAAAAAAAGGCAAAAGUCUUGUCGAGAUGUGUGUCUAAUAAGGAGGGCCAUUUUUUUG